ACUAGGCAAGUUGAACUCAGGACCGAAGUUAAUGGGCUAGUUUGGGAAGAGUGUCCUAGCAGUUGAUGGCUGCACUGCCAUAAUGAAUACAUCAUUCACAAUUCUUCCUUCGCAUGGUAAGGCCUAUGGUGUGUUUCAGGGUCCAUAUCGCCUGACCUCGAUCUGUGGCUGCAGAAACUGUGUGGUCUCGAGAACUGGUAACGCUUACAAUGGAGAAGUGAGCACCCAUCAGCCUUGCCUCACAUUUCUUGCUCAACCAAGCCGACUCUAUUCGGCCCUGACACAACUCCUGCGUCUCCAGUAUCAAUACCACCCAGGCUGUGUGCCCGCUCCGCACGCCCAAGCGGACUCCAUAUCUCGAGGCAGACUCGAAAGGGCUGAAGAGCUGCCCCGGUCAGGUCAUGGAGUGACUAUGCAAUCGGAAAUUGUUGGGAAGUCACUUCAAGCCCGAGUGUGGAAGGAGCAGCUCGCCCCUUUUAUUACAGGCGACAUGCUCACAGGUACCGCCGCAUCCAAGCGGUUAGUGCGGCCCAAAUAAUGUAUGUAAAAUUCAUACCCUCAAUUACCCCAUUAACAGACUGGUCUGGCGAGGUACAUCGACUAGAGCAACUCGAAGCACGCAGUUGGCUGACUCUCCAAGUCCAAUCCGGACCUGAGCUGUGGGACGAAUCUACAACGAGCACUUGUCUCCAUGUUUACCUGAAGUUCCAGUUGCCUACAGUUUCAUUUAGAGAACCCCACGAGUGAUUCCGUUCCAACACUUCCAUGACGGAACUUGGUCGGCGACUGUCGCAUCUGUCUUCGAGCUUGACAGAAACAUCCGCCACAUGCAAGAGGAUUUGACUGGGGCAGAGACCUCUGUAGUCCUCGAAUAUGUA